AAGACGCGAUACGUACAGAGGCGGGCCGGGGCUUCUGGGAAAGGCGAGGACUUGAGAACGGUGACUUCAAACUUUCUUUCGGCGCGUCGAGGGUCGGUGCGGGAAGGAGAAGCAAACUUUGAGACGAAGGCUGCAAUCCGAUACAUGUCUACAGAAGUAAGUCGUAUUCGGGUUCAGUGGCACUUACUCCCAGGAUCAUGUGGAACCAUAUCACUUUCAUGAUGCUCUCUAGGUAUUCCCGAUGCCUCUUGGCUACAUCCUGUUCUCCAUUAUUCCACACUUCUAAGAGCAUAGCCCAGGAAUUUGGCAUAGGCAGACAGCAAAUGAGCCUACUGAGCUGCAAGAGUGGAAUAAAAUAUGUCAAGGUGGUUCUAUGCAACAAGAUACACUCUUCACCUGUAAGGUUCAAAAUAAAAAAUAAAUAUCAGCAUACAAAAAACUUUCCAGUAUUAGAUGGGGGCAUCCCUUCCCUAUAUAGACAUGUAUUUGAAAGCAACACAAGGAACAGUGAGAUCUGCAUUCAAAGGUACUCAGAGUUGUUUGCGAAGGUCAGUAAAGGAGGAGGAAAAAAUGCAAUAUUUCGUCACACUCAGAGGAACAAAAAGAUGCUUGUUCGUGAACGCUUAAAGAUGCUUCUUGAUGAUGAAAAUUUCCUUGAGCUCUCGCCUUUUGCAGGCCUUGAUAUGCCUUAUGGUGAUGUUCCUGCAGCAGGAUGUCUCACUGGCAUUGGAAAAAUCUGUGGAGUCUGGUGUGUCUUCAUGGCAAAUGAUGCAACAGUGAAAGGUGGGACCAUUUAUCCUAUUUCAGUGAAGAAACAACUGAGAGCUCAAGAAAUAGCAAUAAAAAAUAGACUUCCGUCUGUUUACCUUGUGGACAGUGGGGGAGCAUUCUUGCCACUUCAGGCAGAGCUAUUUCCCGACCAAUUCCACGGAGGCCGAAUUUUCUACAACGAGGCUGUGAUGUCUGCAUUGAGAAUCCCUCAGGUGGCAGUCGUGUGUGGUUCUUGUACUGCAGGAGGUGCUUACGUUCCUACCAUGGCAGAGGAAACAGCCAUUGUAGAUAAAAUUGGCACAAUGUUUCUUGCUGGGCCCCCUCUAGUUAAAGCUGCCACAGGAGAAGACAUUCAUCCCGAGGAACUAGGAGGAGCCAACCUGCAUGCUAAGAUCAGUGGUUGUGUUGACCAUUUUGCAUCUUCAGAAGAAGAAGCAUAUGAGUGUGUUAGAAAUAUUAUUUCAACAUUCAAUUAUGAAAUUCCUACAGAAGAAACUAUAGAAUAUGACAACCCCUUGUACAAUGCUGAUGAGCUUCUGGGGCUUGCACCACAAGAUUAUAGGAACACUCUGCAUAUAAAAUUGAUUCUGAGUCGUAUGAUAGAUGGCAGCAGGUUCCAGGAAUUCAAAGCUAAUUAUGGAACAACCUUAGUAACAGGAUUUGCCUACAUGGAAGGACAGCUAGUUGGAAUAGUGGCUAACAACGGUGAGCUGACGCAUGAUGCUUCUCUGAAAGGGUCCCACUUCAUACAGCUUUGUAGUCAACGAAACGUUCCAGUCCUGUUUGUUCUGAAUACAGCCCCAUGUCUGACAGAGCCAACCAGUCUCUCACAGGCAGAGGAUCACACAAAUAGGUUGAAAGCACAAGCAUCCAUGAUGGCUGCAGUUGCUUGUGCUGCUGUUCCCAAGAUAACCCUUGUGAUUGGUGGCUGCUAUGGAAAUGAAAGUUAUGCCAUGUGUGGGAGAUCAUUUGAUCCAAACUUCCUGUUCCUCUGGCCUAAUGCCAGAAUUGCCCUUGUGGAUUCAAGAUAUUGCCACACAUUCUCAGUGGUUUGGGAUGAUGACUGCACAGGAGCAGGAACAGACAUAAAACUACUAAAGGCAAAACUAGAUAAAGAAAGCAACGCAUUUUAUUCUUCUGCCAGAAUUUGGGAUGAUGGUGUAAUCCUACCUCAGAGUUCAAGGAAGGUUAUUGCACAAUGUUUAAGAAUUAUAAAACAGCAGAAAUACCAGUUCAUUUCCUUGCACCAGUCUCCUCUUCCUGUCAUAAGAAUUUAGGCAGCAAAAGCCUGCCUAUAAAGAAUUGAAUUUGAACAUUUGAGACGCUGAUUGUUAAAUAUUAAUCAUUAGUAUUUUAAUGUCAUUAUAUCGGUAUGAAAACACAGCUUGAUUUCAAAAGAUAUGUCAGUUGUCAAUCAUGCUUCUAGUCCUGUCCACAUCCACUGGUAGGUUAAUUUAAACUGAUGCCCUUUGCACUGAAUUAUUAUUAAAGGUAUUUAUGGGCUGCUUUUCCAAGGUUCAAGGUGACUUAGGCUAAUAAUUUAAAACAAAAUUUAAAAGAAGCAGAAAACCCAGUUGAAUAGCAUUAAGAAAAAAAAAUCCAAAUAAACCAACCAGCCAAACCAAAAUCUAGAUGGAAGAGAUACAUUUUGCCACCCCUCUGAAAGGCUCCAAAGAAAGAAGAGCCCACUGAUGUAAAACCCGAUUCUAGUAUUGACAGUUCUCACUUCCCACAGAGUUGGCUCAUGAAAUAUGAGCAGAUUAAGAUGACUGAAGCGGAGGAUAAGGACAGUGCAUUCACAAUUUUGAUGCAGUUUUUACCUCUGUCUUGAAGAAACUAUUGACCUUUUGUGCAAUAAAGACUUUCAGCUUAA